AGACUCUGUCCCGGCCGGUCGGUGUCGGUCCCGGGGCUCUGUCCCGGCUUUAUAUUAAGACAUGGUGACUGACUUUGAUGAAAAACAUGACGAAUACUUAAUAUCCCUUCAGCAGAGAAACAGGUUGCUGGAACGGUUGAGGAGGAAGGACCCCGUGCAAAUCAGGCUGGAGCAGCUGGAACAAGGCUUCUCCCUGUAUGUGAACGGAGCCAAUUCGGAGCUCAGAAAUCACCGCCGAAAAAUCAGCUCCCACGGCUGCCUCAGAAACGACACAAAGCCCUGCAGGACAAGCGCAGCCCAGCUAGGGGAGAGGGAGUUGCCAGAGGGCAGCCCCCAGACUGCACCCAGCAAGAUCCAACGCAGGAAUUGGCUCCAGGAAACUGUGGCAAUUAAAACAGAAAAAGGGGGUAAGCUCUACGUUAAACCAUCUCUUCAGUACUCUGAGGAUUUUGAACCUUAUGAAAGCUUGGCCUUGGAGACAAAUGGUGGUGAUCCUCUCCAUUACUCCCAGGGAUUGAGGAGCAGCUUGCAACACAGUGUGGAAGAGGAAGGGAUGGAAGACGACUCUCUUAGUGAUGACUGUGACUCUGUUGAAGAGGAUGUGUUUUCAGAGCCAUCUCCCACUGAGGAAGAAGUUUCAAGCUUUGAAGACCUUCAGUUCCAUGGCACUGGGUCACUGCAGAAAGAGGUUUCUGAGCAUCAGAAUGCUGGGAGAUGCUCUGGCCUCGAUUGUGGUGCCCUCACUGUGCUGGAGUCCAACCAGGAUCAGAGCAAAGUGAAGCCAGUGCGAGUUCUCUCUGCAAAGAGGAAGGACAGUGCUGAACUGUACAUUCCUGUCAGACCAGUCCUGGUGAAAAGCAAAGCCACUCGGCCACUCUCUGCUGAGUUCUUGCACCAGGAAAGACACGAGAAGAGUUCUUCUAGAGCCUCAAGUCGACCGGAGAGGUCCCUGUCGGUAACUCGGAAGGACGUGUGUGAGAAGGACCCUGAUCUCUCCGUUUCAGCCGUGGUGCAAGCCAUGAAAAUUGAGAAUGAAGCCUUGCAGAGAGACCUGCAAAGUUCCACAGGCCCUCAAAAGAAGAAAUCUUCUGUGUCAUCUCUUGUUUCCUCGAUGACUGAACCUCCAGAAAAAAGCCAGACAAGGAGUGCAGUGACAAAAGCUGAGAGAAUCUGUCCUUCUGGAAGCAGACAAAAGAAGAAACCUCUGAAAGUCUUUCUGGAGCAUGAGAGCCAUUCUGCUGGUGACAAUGACAGAUCCCUGGCUGAUGACAAAGCUGAAGUAGAUUCCAUGUUGAGAGAGAAGGUGACAGCCAGCAUGGAAGUUCGUGAUGCCAUUUAUGUGACUAUGGAGCUGCUUUCUAACUGGGGGAAUCCAGUCAACGUGGGCCUGAGCCAGGUGGAGUUCUUUGAUUUACACAACGAGAAGAUCUUUGUGUCUCCCCAUGACGUGGACAUUCGAAAUGCUGACAACCCGGGGGAUUUGUGCUGCCUGGUCAAGAAGAACUUAAAUCUCAGGAAGGAAAGCUGCCUCUGGAUGUGCCCUUUCCAUCCGCCCAUCCAACUGUACUUUGUUAUCCGCAAUCCCACCCGGUCAUGUGACUUUGGUCUAUCCAAGAUCAAGAUCUGGAAUUACAGCACAACAACUCCCAGUGACCUUGAUGUCGGAGCGAAGAAGGUGAAGUUAUACGUGGAUGAGAACCUCGUAUUUGAGGGUGAAUUAGAGAGAGCCUCUGGAGAUCUCUUUGCUGACCAUAACACUACAAUUGACCUUACAGAUCACAAGCAAGGUAUCUCUGCAUCUCCCUCAAGUGAAAGGAAAGAAGUAAAUGCAGCUGCAGGCACAGACAGGAAAGCAGACCUACAUUUUAAAUGCUCAGAAUCAAGCAGUACUUCACUAAACUGGAAAUCUCUGCCAGAAGAAAAUCUUCUUGAGCAUAAAAUGAACUCAAUCAGCUUCACAAAGAAACAUUUGCCUGAGUUAGAGGAUGAUCUAAAAGCGUUGCCAUCUCAAGUUUGUGUAAAGGAUGCCAAAGAGAAUUCAGCAGGAGCAGCAGUUGCAGAGCACGUUCCGUCUGAAGAUGAUGAACUCUCUCUGAGCGAACAAAUGGAAAAGUUAACAGGGAGGAAACUGUCUGAUUCCACAGGUGCACUUCCACCUUGGUUACAGUCAUCUUCCCAAGUCGCUGAGAACAGCCAAGUUACUCCCAGUAAGCAGAAGCCUUCCUGGCUUGCUACAGAACAGAGUUUAGGCUCUAGAUUUCCAACUCAGUCUGAUGGGAUCCUGAAAAACUUUUCAGACCUGACAAAUGAGGAUGGCAAAUGUCAGAGGAAUGAGCUGGGAAGACCCAGUAGCAGGAAUGCAAAUGGAGAUGAGAGGUCACUAAUGCUGACCAGGAAGGAUGGUGAUGUGGGCUUGGACAUUUUGGAGCCUAACAGGAAUUGCUGCAGCUCACAGCACCCUACGAGCGGAAGGAGAAGUGUCAGAUGUGGUAAAAAGCUGGGAUUAAACACUAUAAAUCUUGGAGAAGAGGAUUCUGCCCUCAAAGCUCCAGAGCACUUUGGGGACACUAUAUUGUUCACUACUGAUGAUGAUAUUCUUGAAGCUAUUUACUGCUGUGAUGAGACAUAUGAUGGAGAGAUGGAAAAUGCCAGCUCCUUGAGAUAUGAGGAAGAGCUAAAGAGGCCAACAACUGCUGACAGGGAGGGAGAUGAAAGACCUUUUACACAAGCGGGUUUGAGAACAGAAGAUCAACAGGGUCUAGAGCCAGACUCUUUCUCUGAAUGUACACCUAAGGAGACAGGAAUAUUUACUGGAAAAUGCCUGCAACUGAAUUUUACCAUGACCUGGGGAGACUCCCAUUACCUCGGACUGACAGGACUUGAGGUGAUAGGAAAGAACGGCCAGGCACUAAAAAUCAGCACAGAGCAGAUUUCUGCUUCACCCCAGGACUUAAAUGAUCUUCCAGAGUACACAGGAGAUUCCAGAACGUUGGAAAAGUUAAUAGAUGGGACUAAUAUCACAGUAGAGGAUGACCAUAUGUGGCUCAUUCCCUUCUCUUUUGGAGAAGAUCAUCUGCUCACAAUCCAUUUUGAUAAAAUUGAAAGUAUUGCAGGGCUUCGCUUUUGGAACUAUAAUAAAUCUCCAGAGGAUACCUACAGAGGGGCCAAGGUGGUCCAUGUGUUGCUGGACGGGCACAGCAUCUCCCCACCGGAGGGGUUCCUCAUCCGCAAGGGACCAGGAAAUUGCCACUUUGACUUUGCCCAAGAAAUUCUCUUUCUUGACUAUCUGCAGUCCCAGCCAACUAAUAAAGUGCACAGGAGGACUGGGUCAAAGAGGAUGGAACAAGCCAGCAUGGAUUAUGAAGCACCCUUAAUGCCAUGUGGUUUUAUUUUCCAGUUUCAGCUCCUGACAAGCUGGGGUGAUCCAUACUACAUCGGUCUGAAUGGACUUGAGCUGUUCAAUGAACAUGGAGACCAAAUCUUACUGACUGAGAACAACAUUGCUGCUUUUCCAGACAGUGUCAACGUUUUGGAAGAUGUAUCUGGAGACAUCCGAACUCCGGACAAACUCAUUGACAGAGUCAAUGACACGACUGAUGGCAGACACAUGUGGCUGGCACCAGUUCUUCCUGGCUUGGUGAAUAGGGUGUAUGUCAUUUUUGAUGUACCUACUACCGUGUCAAUGAUCAAGUUAUGGAAUUAUGCCAAAACGCCUCAGAGAGGUGUGAAAGAGUUCGGUCUUCUGGUGGAUGACUUGCUGGUGUACAAUGGGAUUCUGGAUAUGGUGAGCCAUGUGAUGUCAGGAAUCCUCCCAACCUGCGACCCAGUGGUCCCGUAUCACACCAUCCUCUUCACCGACGAUGAGAGGAUUUGCCGUCAGGAGAAGAGAAGAGUUAUUAGCAAUCAUGUGGGAGACCAGGACGUCCGAAUGAUGAAUGAAAAUGAGAUUGUCACAAACAGCAAAAAGAAGCAAGUUGUGGCUGAUCCAGCUUUGCGUCCAAAAACCUGCAUGUGUGAGAAAGGGCUGCAGAGGAGGAAAAGAUAACAAGGGAAGUCCUGGGUGCAUCCAGCCCUGAAUAACUGCAGUCCAGAUCUCCAAGAUGAGCAUCAUCCAAGUGGAAGAUUUGCUAUGUCUGCUGCUGCUGCUGAACCACCUCCUGUUCUUAUGAGGGGCAGUUUUAUGUGCAUGGGAAAUGUUUUUCAGAAUGAAAUCUAAAGCAUGAAUUUAUUUUCCUGAGGGUUCUUUGUCAUGAUGUGUCUGAUUUUUUUCCCCUCAUCUCUUAACUGACAAUCCAGGGAGGAAGGAGCAUAGAGGAGAGAGUGAGAACUUUACUGCUGACAGCUGUUCCUGCCAAGUACUGAGAACUUGGGGGAAGCAGGAUGGUUUGAUAACCACGGGUUCUUCAGAUUAUUUCUCAAAGCUUUUAUUCCUAAAUCCUAGCUGGAUGAUCAUGAAGGUCCUCACUAGAAGGAAAUGUGGCUUUAUUUCUGAUGCCUGUAAAUAGUUCUCUGGGAAAUGCACUUACUAGAGGAAAUACCUCUUUACCUGUCUGUCUCUGGGCUGCCACUGCGUGUUUUGCUGCCGUGGCUCUCUGUAGGAGCUGACACUGUUUCUGACACCUGGGAAGGUUCCCCUGGGCUUGCAGAAGUGUGAUGGAUGCUUUUAGGAAAUGGAGAUCAGGAAGAAGGUUUAUCAAGGUUUAGCAAGCACAUUUCAGCUGUCAUUUCUUUCAUGUUUUGCAGUGAAAUAAUAAUUUCUUUCAUUAUUUCACUACCAUGAAAAAAACAAAUAAUGUGUUUUGCCUGGAGUGCCAUUGACAGGCACUCUACACAUUCUUCAGAGUCCUCCUGCUACAGAGCAAUCUUCUUCUCUCCUAUUUUGCCUGCUCUUGUUUAUAUGAACAAGGAGGCCAUACUUCUGUGCUGCGCUAUCCACAUCUGUUACCAGCAACAUAUUGUCACCUCUGAGAAAUGGUAAAUGCAUUUUAAUUAGCAGAAGGUAAGGAGCAGGGUGCAUUUUUACACACACAAAAAAAUACCCUGCUAUGUAGGCAUUGGAACAAAAGCUCUAACCAGAUGAAUAUGCUGCAGGAUUUGCUAUGCAAAUGUACUUUUCACUGAAACUUGGGUGUUUGUGACAACCUGAAUAAAUUGCUUCCAUAGCAGAUUCUUCCUUUGUCAUUUAGAACUCAUUCCAACCCAAGCCAGUCGAUGAGUCCAUGAUUGUUUCCAGAGAGAAAUGAACACUGAAGUCAGGAUGUGCUUUUAGACGUAAAACAGAGUUAGUGUUGCCGCUGUUGCUGUAGAACCAAACUGUGCUGCUUCCCUUUCUGUCCUAAGUCAGGAGUGUAAUAUUUUGUAUAUUUGCUUAUUAAAACCUCACUGCUGUUGGCUAAAAGACACAAGAUAGGAAUGCCUUUCCCAAAUUUCUGUGUAUUGACGGACCAACAAAAUGUAUUUUGUACUAAAUACAAACCACUUUAUUUCUAAAUGUAAAA